AUGGGAGUCCACCCCGAAACCGGCAAAUCUCCGGUUGACGUCCCCAAAAGAUCCGGCACCUGCUCCCGGAGUAUUUUCUGCAACAUCAAGGUGUUUGUGCUGUGCCAUGGGCUUCUCCAGCUCUCCCAGCUCCUCUACAGUGCCAACUUCAAGAGCAGCCUCACCACCAUUGAGAAGCGCUUUGGGCUCUCCAGUCUCUCUUCAGGUUUCAUCUCCAGCUUGCACGAGAUCGGCAACGUGGUCCUCAUCAUCUUCGUCAGCUACUUCGGCAGCCGAGUUCACCGCCCGCGGGUGAUCGGCGCUGGGGGGCUGCUGCUGGCGCUGGGCGCGUUCCUGGUCACCCUGCCCCACUUCCUGUCAGACCCCUACGAAUACACCACGCUCAGCGCCGGUAACAAGAGCCAUGUCCAGGCUGAACUCUGCUCUGCAGAGAAUAAGAUUGUGUGCCCAAACACCACCCAGGAUCCUCAGAAGGAGGCCAGCAGCAUAUGGGCCAUGAUGGUCAUCGCCCAGCUGCUGGCCGGAAUCGGGACGGUUCCCAUCCAGCCCUUUGGGAUAUCCUACGUAGACGACUUCGCAGAAGCAAACAAUUCCCCGCUCUACGUUGCCAUCCUCUUCGCCAUCGCCGUGUUCGGCCCUGCGUUUGGAUACCUGCUGGGAUCCGUGGUGCUGCGGCUCUUCGUGGAUAUUGGAAGAGUUGACGUUGCUACAGUGGCCCUGACACCGAGGGACCAGCGGUGGAUCGGAGCCUGGUGGCUGGGACUGCUGAUCUCCUCGGGCUGCUUGGUGCUCACGUCCAUUCCUUAUUUCUUUUUCCCUCGGUACAUGGUGAAAGGAGAGGACCUGAAGGUGGAGGCUGGCAUGCUCAGGAAGAUGGAGAAGGGGGCGGCUGAAGAAACCUCCCUGCUGGAGUUUAUAAAAAAAUUCCCAAAGAUCUUCCUCAGGCUGCUCCUCAACCCUCUCUUCAUCCUCCUGGUGCUGGCUCAGUGCAGCUUCUCUUCAGUCAUUGCGGGUCUGUCCACGUUCCUCAACAAGUUCCUGGAGAAGCAGUAUGGUACCUCCUCCUCCUACGCCAACUUUCUCAUAGGAGCUGUGAACCUGCCAGCGGCAGCGCUCGGGAUGCUCUUAGGAGGAAUCAUCAUGAAACGCUUUGCCUUCUCCCUCCGGGCCAUCCCCCGCUUUGCUGUGGUGGUGCUCGUUUUCUCCAUCCUCAUCUGCCUGCCCAUUUUCUUCAUGGGCUGCUCCACGGGGCGCAUCGAUGGGAUCUACCCCCCCAGCGGUGAGCGGGUGGCAAAGCAGGGGGCACCUGACAAAAGUCGUAAGGUGGUGGGGCCUUUCCGGCAUGGGGAGGAGGGAGGGUCUACUGGAGAAGCUGGGAAGAUGCAACGGAGAAUUGCGAUCUACAAGAACUGUUCCCUGAUCCCUGCUCGGAACGGGCUCUCCUCUGCCAAGACAGGCUCCUGUCCGCUAGCUGAUCAUGCCAUAUUCCUCAUCUCCUUUGCUGCCCUGGUAGCCUGCCUGUCCCACAACCCCCUCUACAUGAUGGUUUUACGGGUGGUGAACCAGGAUGAGAAGUCGUUUGCCAUCGGAGUCCAGUUCUUGCUAAUGAGGCUGCUGGGUGGGCUACAAGGUGGUGGGCACCAUCCUCCUCGCCCUCAUCAGCUGGAAGAUGAAGAGGAACAAGGAGUACAACGUGCAGGAGAAGGCGGCGGGGCUGGCGACAGAUACCUGGGGCUGCAGGUGGGCUACAAGGUGGUGGGCACCAUCCUCCUCGCCCUCAUCAGCUGGAAGAUGAAGAGGAACAAGGAGUACAACGUGCAGGAGAAGGCGGCGGGGC